AGUGUUCACCCAUCUGUUCAUCAGGGGAACUAGUCAUCAUUAGAGAUUGCAGGCCAGUGUAGUUCCAUAAGUAGUGCUAGUCCCGACAGAGCUCUGUGCUCCAAACCUGUAGUCUCUACACCUGGAAACAGUCACACCUGAGGUUGGACUUUGGUGCUUCGAGGGAUUCUUGGUAGAGUUGGUGGUGUUUGGAAAUACACAACUUUGGACAACAAUGAGGACGUUUUGGAGGACCUACAGCAAAAUGUAAAAACAUGACAAGUUGGUUGGAGGGAAGAGCGAUUCUUUUGACCUCUGAAGGAUUUGUCUGUCUCACCACUAGAAGAUGGGGGAAUCUGGAUCACAGUUGUGCGCUUUGACACUUUUACUUUGAAUCAUGGAGAAACCUCAACCAUAUCUGACCCCUGAGUUCAAUGACAGCACCACCUUUUGGGCACCUUUGCCCUCAGCCCCCAGCAGACAGCUGGGUACCCUCCCCAAUGCUCAGACACGCUUCAAAGACUUGUCAGGGAUCUUUUUCAUGGUGACCCUGAAUGUUUUGGCGCUUCUGGCCAACACUGCUGUUCUGGUGGUUGUCAUAAAAGCCCCUCACCUCAGGAAAUUUGCCUUUGUGUGCCACCUGUGUGCAGUGGACCUGCUGUGUGCCAUACUGCUCAUGCCUCUGGGAAUUGUGUCCAGCUCCCCUUUUUUUGUUGGCGUGGUGUUCACUGUGCUGGAAUGCCAAGUUUAUGUCUUCCUCAACGUAUUCCUCAUUGCUGCCUCUAUCUUUACCAUCACGGCCAUCAGUGUGGAGCGGUACUACUACAUUGUCCAUCCCAUGCGAUAUGAAGUCAAGAUGACACUGAAGUUGACCGCAGCUGUAAUGGUCAUGGUGUGGGUGGCCUCUGCCGUGCUGGGAUUGUCCACAGUAUUUGGAUGGCCAUCCUAUGGCAGCCUUAGCUCCAUUAGUGCAGCACACUGCUCGCUGCACUGGAGCCACAGUGACCACAGACGAGCCUUCUCUGUGCUCUUCUGUGUUUCCUGCUUCUGCCUGCCUGCGGUUGUUAUUUUUGCUGUGUACUGCAAUGUGUACAAAGUGGCCCGUGUGGCUGCCCGCCAGCAUGGGCCCCUACCCUCCUGGACAACCAGCCAAAUGAAGAAUCGCUCAGACUCAAUCAACAGCCAGACUACCAUCAUCACCACCCGCAAUGCACCUCGCAGGAUUGCUCGUGAUCGUCCUUUUGGAGGCGGUAAAGCAGCGCUCACUCUGGUGGUUAUUGUUGGCCAAUUUCUGAUCUGUUGGCUGCCUUACUUUGCCUUCCACCUCCAUUUGACACUCGACGCUUCACCCAAGAUUCCUGAUGACCUGGAAGAAGCAGUCACCUGGCUGGCAUAUUCUUCCUUUGCUAUCAAUCCUUUCUUUUACGGGCUUCUUAACCGGCAGAUCAGGGAGGAGCUUUGUAAGUUGAGGCGCUGUUACUCAUCCCGGCCAGUGGAGCUGGCCGUCUCCAGCCAUGAGGGAUCUGGCCAUGAAAACUUCCUGCAGUUCCUCCAUAGGACAAGCUGCACCGUGGAGACCCGUGCCAGCUUUACAACAUCCAGCCCUAGGAACACUCUAGAUCAAACUGGGCAGACUGGAUUUAGGAUACCAGGGCAGAUCCCUGAGGAGUUCAGUUAGACAUAUACCUCAUUGUUGUGCCACAGGAUGAUCAGCCUGCAGGAAGACUGCAGCAGCAA